AUGUGGAGAAAGUUAUUAAAGUUAAGGGAUGUGGCUCAAGAGUUCUAUCUUAAGGAGGUGGGAAACGGUCGUCAUACUUCUUUCUGGUUUGAUAAGUGGUCGGAUAAAGGGAGGUUGUUCGAUCUUCUGGGUGAUCGUGGUAUGAUUGAUACAGGGGUGAGGAAAGAUUCAACAUUGGAGGAAGCUGUUUGGUGUGUUAGGAGAAGAAAGAAGCACAGAAAUGUAGUGUUAAAUGAAAUUGAAGCUGAGUUAAAUAGGGUGAAGGAGAAGUUGAGACAUAAUGUUGAGGAUGUUAUCAAGUGGAAAGGGAAGUCUGGCUAUAGGGAACGCUUUUCAACGUCUGAAACUUGGUUGAUGAUCAGAGAAGCGCAAAGCUCAUGCUCUUGGGCAAAAGGCGUUUGGUUCUCUAAUGCGACGCCAAAGUUCUCGUUCAUCACCUGGCUGGCGGUGCUAAACAGACUAGCUACUAUGGACAGAAUUUCUAAGUGGAGUCUGGGUGCUGACACAAUUUGUGUACUAUGUAAGAAUGCUGUCGAGACUCGAGAUCACUUAUUCUUCCAAUGUGACUACUCCUCUCAACUUUGGAAGCAGCUCACUCUUGGUAUCUUACGUAAUGCUCAUUCAAACAGCUGGUCUGCAAUCAUACAUCUCUUAUCAGAUAAUUCUAGAGGAGUGAAAAGCACUUUCUGUGUCAGAUACUCUUUUCAAGCAGCCAUUUAUGCAUUGUGGAGGGAGAGAAACAGGCAUGGUGAAAAGCCUAUGGCCAUUGCUACAUUACAGAAGCUGGUGGAUAAGGGGGUUAGGAACAAGCUUAGCUUGCUGCAAUCGCAGAGAAGAAGAGGCAUCGUUGAUGGUCUUCAAUUUUGGUUUGGUUCUAGAGUGUAA